UGGUUUUUUAUCUCUGCUGAGCUCCAGCAAACUCUCAUAACGACUUUAUAACGACCGAUUUACUGUAAAACUCAGGACAACAGGAGUUACAGUCUGCACCACUGCGAUAAGAAGCGAAGGAUGUCUCUUCAGGAGAUCUUCUGGAGACCGUCAGCUGUCACUGCUGUUUUGGUGCUUCUAACACUUCUCUUCUGCAGAGGGUCAGUCUCUACACCCGUCAUAAAGGUGAUGUCAAAUGUCAGCAGCAGGGUGGUGUUACAGUGUGAGUCUGCAGGCUGGUAUCCAGAGCCUGAGCUGCUGUGGUUGGACGGUGAGGGAAACCUCCUCUCUGCUGGACCUACAGAGACCCUCAGAGGUCCUGAUGACCUCUAUACUGUCAGCAGCAGAGUGACUGUGGAGAAGAGACACAGCAACAACAUCACCUGCAGAGUCCAACAGAGGAACACCAACCAGAGCAGAGAGACACACAUACAUGUUCCAGGCUCUGCUGUCAGGAAGGAACCAUCGGCCACUUUCAUCAUCGUGAUCAUUGGCCUGCUGUACGUUGGUGCUGUUAUCGCUUUCGUUUGGAAUUUCAUCCUAUCAAAAAAACCUGACACCAAGGUGAAUGAAACUGAGUUAAAAACAAUGAAACAAAAAGGCAGCAGAGCUCCUGCUGACGACACCGAGACCAAAGAAAUAAAAGAAGAGCCGCCAUCAGAACAGCUGGAAGACGACACAUCUGCUGUUGACAUGAGUGAGGUGAUCAAAGAGGGCGAGGAAAACCAGGAAACAGAGACUCAGAGUACAGCACAGUCAGCCUUAACCAGCAGUGAAAACUAAAGAACAAGAAGCUCUCUGAGAGCACAAACCUCAGGCAGCUCAUUGACUGUGCAGUGCUUACUUUUAAGCAAGAAUACUGUAUUUUUAUAUAACAUUACACUGGAGAAGGAUAAUAAGUAUGU